CAAACCGGGGGGACUAGAGUGGGCCGAGGCUACCUCUCUCAACGACCUGGCGGAAGGAGUGGGUCUGAAGUGUGUGUCUGUCAAGGCGGUCAACUUCCUCAAAUGGUCGACGACGACCUGCGGAAGCUCUUGACUGGGUCGAUCGAUCGCGGCCGGCAACUCGUCUCGGACUGGGCUUCGACGUAAGAGCCUAG